CGGCGCAGGCUUCUCGCCCUCUGAUUUUGCUUCUCCCUUCAAGAUGGCGGACACAAUGAGCCGGCGGAGCGCCGGUUGGCCCUGAAGUGACUGUGGAGAGGAACGGUCCGUGAGGUCCCGUCGGCCCCGCGAGGGAGCGUCGUCGCCUGAGGACGAGGACGCGGCGACCCCGCUGUCAGCCGCCCGCCCGUUCGCUUCCAGCGCGGCGCCCGCUCCGCCGGGGUCGUCCCUCAGCAGCCCGCCCGCUCGCUCGCUUCUCGGCCCCGCCCCGGCCCUGCGCCGCCGCUGCCGCUGCCUUCAGCAGCCGCCGCCGCCGCCGCCGCCGCCAUGAAGCUGACCGACAGCGUGCUGAGGAGCUUCCGCGUCGCCAAGGUGUUCCGCGAGAACUCGGACAAGAUCAACUGCUUUGACUUCAGUCCCAAUGGCGAGACGGUUAUCUCCAGCAGCGACGACGACUCCAUCGUGCUCUAUGACUGCCAGGAGGGCAAACCAAAGAGAACCCUGUACAGUAAGAAAUAUGGUGUGGACCUCAUCAGAUACACUCACGCAGCAAACACAGUCGUUUACAGCUCUAACAAAAUAGACGAUACAAUUCGUUACUUGUCCUUGCAUGACAACAAAUACAUCAGAUAUUUUCCUGGACAUAGCAAAAGGGUGGUGGCCUUGUCCAUGUCACCUGUGGAUGACACUUUCAUUUCUGGGUCUCUUGAUAAGACCAUUCGACUCUGGGAUCUCCGGUCUCCUAACUGCCAGGGCCUCAUGCAUCUACAGGGAAAACCAGUUUGUUCCUUUGAUCCAGAAGGGUUAAUUUUUGCCGCAGGUGUCAACUCAGAAAUGGUCAAACUUUAUGACCUUCGUUCUUUUGAUAAGGGACCAUUUGCAACCUUUAAGAUGCAGUACGAUCGGACUUGUGAAUGGACAGGCCUUAAGUUCAGCAAUGAUGGCAAACUCAUCCUCAUCUCCACCAAUGGCAGCUUCAUUCGUCUUAUUGAUGCAUUCAAGGGCGUGGUGAUGCACACAUUUGGGGGUUAUGCUAACAGCAAAGCUGUUACACUCGAAGCGUCGUUUACUCCAGAUUCACAAUUUAUUAUGAUUGGUUCAGAAGAUGGCAAGAUCCAUGUCUGGAAUGGAGAGAGUGGUAUAAAAGUAGCUGUAUUGGAUGGUAAACACACCGGUCCCAUUACCUGUUUGCAGUUCAACCCCAAAUUCAUGACCUUUGCCAGCGCCUGUUCUAACAUGGCCUUCUGGUUGCCCACCAUUGAUGACUGAUCCUGAUGCUGAUGGGCUAUUUGUACAGUGAGGGUGGCCAACAGGAAAAAGUCGGAGGUGACUGAGAUGACAGUGGGAUUGAUUGAUGAUUUGACUGUGCUGAAGGACAUCUUUCCACAUGGCCUUCCCCAGGAUGUGCUCUCCAUCUGCUCUAAAGAAUUACUUUGCUGAGCGCCUUCGAAAGGACUCUUGGUGCUGCAGACUCAGUUGGCACUCAGCCUUUCCAGCUCUUGGUGCACCAAGCUCUUCAGAGGGUGACUAGACUUACGAUUAGGUUAUAGUGGGGCUCUUGAGCCCCUUCAAUUUUGAAUGUAUUUGCUGCUGAGGAGCCAGUGGAAUCACCAAUUUCUGCACAUCCUUCUCCCACCCCAGAAAUGCAUGGGAAGCCACGGUUCUGGUUUUGAGAUGCUAGGGCAGUUCAGCACUCCUUGCCCUCACCCUGCAUGUCUUGUUACUGGGUCUCCCUGUGUAAUUAAUUGUGGCAUUAUUCCACAACCAUCAUGUUUCUUAGGUGCCAAACAUUUACAAAAAUAAGUCUUCAUAUACCUUGGGGUCAAAGAAAGGGACAUGUACAGAAGGACCUUGUUUGUCAGGAGGCUUUGCAGUAUUCCUGAGGUAGUUGGGGCAAAUCCUGGGCUUGGAUUUUGGCUAGCAAAAGGCCCAAGAGUCUGAAAGGGAGGGAAGAGGGUAGCCGGUCAAUUCUGAGAGCUGAAAGGUUUAGCAGCCUGGUGCAAAUCCCCCAACAAGACAAUCCCACAGUCUUUUUUGUGGGGGUCCUACUGAGCUUCGCUUGUAAAAAGCAAGGUAGUAGUUUAUUUUUGUACCUGAGUCACAUCACGUUUUCCUGUGGGCCAGUAUUGUGGAAUGAGUCUGAGUUGUUUACACUGAUGCCUUCCUUCCCUGCCCACCACAAAUUGUGUACAUAGUCAACACAUGAUACCCCUCUUCCCCAGCUCCUACUCAAGAGCUGGCUCUAGGCCUGUGUUAUAUGUUAAAUUUAGCCUUUUUAUAUAUGACCCUUGAUCUGUUUGUAUUUGAGCACAGUGUGUGUGUGUCCACUUAAAUACAUUUGUGCAGACAUGCACAUACAUAUGUGUAUAUGCCUGUCUCUCUCAUCUAGUUUAUCAAGAGUUCAGCAGGAGAGGGAACCCUGCAGCUGAGAACAGCACUUUGUGGAUUGUGUGCCACAGUGUUAGUCUUGUCUGUUAACCUUAGAGAUACAACACAACUCGAAGCAGAGCUUCUAGUGUUUGCUGUUUCCAUGGCAGCUAAGUGGAGGCCUUGGGAUGACUCUCUUGUGCUCUUCACGCCACAUCCUGGGGCCCUCUCUACAGUAUUAGAAUCUUUUUUGCCUGAUUAUGCUCUGUAUGCACCUGUAUAUGUGUGACAGUCACUUUUGCAUGGCUUCUAUGCCUGGCUUGUGGCAUUUGGGGACAGGGUGCUGGAACCACAGUGUUUUUUUGUUUGUCAGAACUUCUUGGCCAAUUAUAGGUCACUCUCACAUGUUAUGUCUGCAUCAUUGUCCUUUUUCUUGCUUUUUCUGAGAUACUUUAGCUAAGCCUACACUAAAAGAGUUGCAGUUGCCCGUUUCUUCCCAACAUGGCUGCCGUAGAGUAGAGCAAAUGGCCGGCAGACAUUUAUGCAAGCAAUCCUCCUGCAGAUCAAGAAAUCAAGACCCAACAGCAGUGAUUUGCCUACAAGUGCACAGCUGCUGGGAUGCUGGACAGGCUUCCAGUCACUAACACUGUUUGUUUUGUUUUGAAACAGUUUCUCUGUGUAGCCUUGGCUGUCCUGGACUUGCUUUGUAGACCAGACUGGCCUAAACUCACAGUGAUCUGCCUGCCCCCGCCUCCCUGAGUGCUAGGAUUACAGGUGUGUGCCACCUCACUCAGCUUCUAACACUUUUUUAAGCAAUUACUUUUGACUUGUUACUCCACCUGAAAAGGUGACCGCCUCCACUGAGGUCUAAGUAUUGCUGACCAAUCCUGCUAAAAUUCUCCCUCCCAGCGUGGAUAGACUGUAGGAAGCAGGUCAUCCGAGCUAUUACUGCCUGCCUUCAGGGCUCAAGGUCCAGGUGUGCAAGAACUGUUGAGGGCAAAUGCUUGACUAGAUUAAUAAGGUUAUACAGCCCGAAAGAGUGGCUUCCCUGGCUGCAGGAUCAUUAACUGUGUGUUCAGAGCUAAGGCACCAUUCCUUUGAAGACACAAGCCUCGCAGCUUCUGCUAGACCCUGUGGCAGCAGAGCUGACCUCUGAAUUGGUAUAUAUAUAAAAAAACAAACCAAAAAGAUGCACCUGGAACUUCCAUGAUACUGUAUGUGGUCACAGGGUAAGAGAGAGACAAGGCAGAGAUGGCAGUUUGGGGACAUGUUCCUGGAUGGAUUCACUAUCCUCUGAAAAACUGGCCAGAGUCUUUGCUCUGUAUGGUACAGAUGAAGCUUCACUGUUCAACCACCAGCCACUGGGGUAUUUUUUGAUAAAUUAUUCCCUGUUACAACAAUUACUGCUUAUGAAGGAAAAUUGGGGAAUCUCUAAGAACCAGUUUGCCACCCAAAUGGUACCACUGUUAAUCUUGAUGUUAAAUGUUUCUCUAGCUAUCUCUGCAUAGACUUUGGUGUGUUUACAUAGUUGUUAUUCUACUGUACAUACAAUUUUAUGUCCCUUUUGUACUUAACAUAUAAACUUUUUUUUUUUUGCCAUGUUACCAAUCUUAA